AUGUUAUCCAAUAUAUACCUUUUCUUCACUUUUUUUGCCGCAGUUUUAGCUGGCUCUUUAACGGAUUUGGAAAUCGGUGUCACUAAAAGAAUACCCGUGGAAGAAUGUCAAAUCAAGGCAAUGCCAGGUGAUAAGGUUGAAGUUCAUUACACUGGUUCCUUAUUGGAAUCAGGUACAGUAUUUGACUCAAGUUACCCAAGGGGUUCCCCCAUUGCUUUUGAACUAGGUGUUGGCAGAGUUAUUAAAGGCUGGGAUCAAGGUGUUGCUGGUAUGUGCAUUGGCGAAAAAAGAAAACUGCAAAUUCCAAGCUCUUUGGCUUAUGGUGAAAGGGGUGUUCCUGGUGCCAUCCCUCCAAGCGCUGAUUUGGUGUUCGACGUUGAAUUGGUGAGUGUGAAACCAGCCGCUUAA